UGCAGAGAAUUUCACCAGGUAGUUGGCAAGAGACCUAAGACAAGUGUGGGAAGCUGUGGAGGAAACAACUCUUUUCUCUGGUCUUUCAGUAAAGUAGUGUCUUGGGGAUGAUGAGUUACUACAUGGACACAACAAUUGGAAGCCCAGCCCCUUAUCCUCUGGCUCGUCCGGGUGUGAUGGGUGCUGCCAAUCCCUAUGAAGAUCCUUGGAUGAGCUGUGGGUUGCAGUCCACCUGCUACCAGCAAAGGAUUUGCUACCCAAUCUGGGAUGAGACAGCCAUUCAAGAAGUGCCCACUGGCUUAGAACACUACAAUACAGACAUGGAAUGUGCAGACGUACCUUUGCUAACCCCGAGCAGUAAAGAAAUGAUGUCCCAGGCCCUGAAGGCCACCUUCAGCGGUUUCACAAAAGAGCAACAGCGGCUGGGAAUCCCUAAAGACCCCCAGCAGUGGACGGAGACUCAUGUCCGGGACUGGGUGAUGUGGGCUGUGAAUGAGUUCAGUCUGAAGGAUGUGGAUUUCCAGAAGUUCUGCAUGAACGGGGCUGCCCUCUGUGCUCUGGGCAAGGACUGCUUCCUGGAGCUAGCGCCUGACUUCGUGGGAGAUAUUCUCUGGGAGCAUCUGGAGAUCCUGCAGAAAGAUGAGAUAAAGCCAUACUCAGCUAAUGGAGUGAACCCUGCAUACCCAGAAUCCCGCUAUACAUCGGACUACUUCAUUACUUAUGGCAUUGAGCAUGCUCAGUGCGUACCUCCCUCAGAGUUCUCUGAGCCCAGCUUUAUCACCGAGUCCUACCAGACCCUCCAUCCGAUCAGCUCAGAGGAGCUCCUUUCCCUCAAGUACGAGAAUGACUACCCAUCGGUCAUCCUGCGCGACCCUGUCCAGACAGACUCCCUGCAGACAGACUACUUCACGAUCAAGCAGGAAGUUGUAACGCCAGAUAACAUGUGCAUGGGGCGCACCGGUCGAGGUAAGCUAGGGGGCCAGGAUUCCUUCGAGAGCAUAGAGAGCUACGAUAGCUGCGACCGACUGACGCAGUCCUGGAGCAGCCAGUCGUCCUUCCAGAGCCUUCAGCGCGUCCCCUCCUACGACAGCUUCGAUUCGGAGGACUACCCAGCGGCACUGCCCAACCACAAGCCCAAAGGCACCUUCAAGGACUAUGUUCGAGACCGGGCCGACAUGAACAAGGACAAGCCCGUCAUUCCUGCCGCUGCCCUGGCUGGCUACACAGGCAGUGGACCCAUUCAGCUGUGGCAGUUCCUGCUGGAGCUGCUCACCGACAAGUCCUGCCAAUCCUUCAUCAGCUGGACGGGUGAUGGCUGGGAAUUCAAGCUCUCAGACCCAGACGAGGUUGCCAGGCGAUGGGGCAAGAGGAAAAACAAACCCAAGAUGAACUACGAGAAGCUGAGCCGUGGCCUCCGCUACUAUUACGACAAGAACAUCAUCCAUAAGACAGCUGGCAAGCGCUACGUGUACCGUUUCGUCUGUGACUUGCAGAGCCUUCUGGGCUACACGCCCGAGGAACUCCACGCCAUGUUGGACGUCAAACCUGAUGCUGAUGAGUGAAUUCGACCAAGCCAGACUGUGUGGAAGGUUAUGUCAUGUCGGUCUGGAGAUUUGAUGGGACCUUAAAUGGGUUUUUUUACUGUUACAUAUCUUAUCUAUAUUUUUUCAAGAGCAACUCAAAUUUGACAUUUUGGAUGGGGAGAGGAGGGUGGGCAGAGUCAAGGUUGAAUCUGACAAUGUUUGAUUGGGAGAAGAAAAAUAGAACUGUUUAUCUGAAAGUUCUCAGAGAAGUUUUUUUUUGGGGGGGUGUGCAUGAAUUUCUGGGUAUUCAGAAAUCCAGAGAAAUACAGUUCACUUAAAAAAAAAAUCAAAAUAAGCCCUCCCCAUCUGACACCAUCUGGAAACAUUAUUAGCUAAAAGAUCCCCUUGAUUACUAUGUUAUUGGUGCAACAAACUGACAAUUCAGGAAGUGACAAGACUCCUAAGGAUUAUGUGGUUGAUUUUUUUUUUUAUCGAUGGGAGGAACAGGGGUGGGCAGAACUUCCUGUUUUGAGGGAGGGGGCGACAUAGGAAAAAAAAGAAGAAUAGUUCUUGUUACUUUGCCUUUUUGUUGGUUAUUUUCUGUUACACAAAGGGCAGAUUUUUUUUAGGAGGGACCAAGAUUUUUUUUAUUAUUAUUUGUUAAAAUUUUAUUUUAUUAAAUUUUGUGCCAGUAUUUUUUUAAAUAGUCUUAAGCUCUAAGAUGGUCUCAGUCUUGCAAUAUUGUGUGUGUAUGUUUCUGUUUUGCCAGCAGAGAGCUUUAUCACAGUGAAGAAAAAAAAAAGUUUAUGUAGACCCCACUGGAGAAGUGUAGCGCUCUGACUUAUGAUCUCUGAAUCUUAUGUGAAGGAAAAUGAGUGCCAGAUUGGCCACCAAAAUUCUGGGUUGAUGCUCUGCACUUGCAUUGAAUCCCAUGCACUUUGCUCUAUUGUUUGUUGCUAACGCUGGAUGAAAUUUUUCAAAGAAAACCUUUUUUUGUCCCAAACCAUUCUUUUAAGACAGCCAUAUGUUCAAAAAAAGUGUGUUGCUGAAAUUUGCACUUAUCAUUGUCAGAAUCAGUAUCUGGUUAUUUUCUAAAGGAAUGUUUUUUAACGCUUUGAAAUAACUGCUAGGGUUUUGAGUUUUUUAAAAUAUCCUACCAUGUGACUAAACUGACCCAAAAAAUCAGUUUGGAAAAUGGAAAAGUGUAUUAGGGAAAAAAUCAUGAAACACUUCAAACAAUGAAAAGUGAGAAAACUUAGGAUAAUGAGGAAACUUUUGAUGAUUUUUCCCUCCAUUUUUGACCCAUGCUUGCCUUUAGUUUGCCAUUCUAGGCACUUGUAAAAUGGAAACUCAGAGUUACAAAUGGGUCCCUGACUCCCCAGUUGGGCAACCGAGCAUGCAAGCCCAAUCCAGAGAAACUCAUAAGCAUAUGCUUAAACAUAUUAAUAGCCCCACUGAAGUGAGGGGGAUCAUUCAUAUGCUUGAUGUUAAGCAGGUGCUUAACAGCUUUGCUGGAUCAGGCUAGCAUUGGCCAUCAUCUUAUAGGAUUGAUCUCUUUGAGUCUGGAGCGUGUAGAUGCAGCAGGCCAGGUCUACACUACACGAUAAAUUCAAUUUAAGAUUCACAACUCCAGCUACCAGAAUUGUGUAGCUGGAGUUGACAUACCUUAAAUCAAAUUUUUCCAGCAUCUCCACUGCAGGAGGUCAAUGGAGCACCUUAUGACCUCGUGGAGUACUGGGAUUGAUGGGGAUGCCAUCAGCAUUCGAUUUAGCAGGUCCUUACUAGACCUGCUAAAUUGAACCCCAGAAGAUUGAUCUCCAGAGCGUCGAUCUUCCCAUAAGUAUAGACAAGGUUUUAGACAUGGAGGGUAUCUCUACACUGCCCCUUCCCUGUGGAAGUAGUUCUCAGAGCCUGGAUCAAUUAAUUCAGGCUCAUGCUGUGGGGUUAAAAAUAGCAGUGUAGACAUUCAGAUGGAAGCUGGAGCCAGAUUUCAGAUCUUGCCAGGUGCCAGCCCAUGCCUUAACAUCUACUCUGUUAUUUUUAGCCCUGCUGCAUGAGCCCCAUGAGCCUGAGUCAGCUGACUUGGACUCUUGUGACUCAUUACCUAGUGUCAUUUUUUUUUGCUGUGUAGUCAUACUUUUAUGGCCUGAUACUCCUGUCCCUUUCCCUUUAUAACACCAUUGACUUCAAAGGAAUCAUUUCUGUGCACUGUCAGUGUACACCAGGAGUGAGAUUUCAGCCUAUUGAAGUCAGUGGCUAACUCCUCAUUAGCUUUACUUCUGGAUCAGACCCAAAGUAAAAGGGAGACUCAGGCCCUGAGUUUUAAAUGUUUAGACCCAGAUCCUAAAACCAGAGCCACAAGGGUUGAUCCUGGUAGAAUCUACUUUAAAUAUCGUUUCUUUUGCAAAGACAGUAUUAAAGCUUUCAACUGCUUAUGUUCUCUUUAAUGGUUGAACUAAUUUCGGAAGCUGUGUGGUGAAUCAAUACAGGGAGUGGGAGGGUGGAGAGACUUUGUAGAUCAAUGCAGGGGAAAUAGAAGAGUGUCAAUGAAUCAGGGCUGCUGAACUGGGUUCUGAAUAAAUUUGCUAAAAAUGCUCUUGUAUUUAGUCUGAACAUCCAGUUUGCUUCCUGUUUUCCCAUCUUCAUGUAGCAAGAGCACUGUGGGAUAGGAGGGAAGUGUCAAACAGGAAGCAAUGGGAGGCUCUCAGUUGAGUUCCAUUGGAAAGAAGUCACCUUGAUAAGCUCUGAUUGGAUUUUACAAGAAUGGCAUGUAUUCAGCACCUGUGAAUAUCAGGGCAUUUGUUUUUAAGCAUGGUUUUUUUAUUGCAACUCAGUCAGGCCCAGCAUGCCCAGAGAGCUUUGCCUGGCUCAGCAGGUGGGUGGGCGGUAAAGCUGAACACAUGGAGAAAUGUAGCAAGCUGAUUAGGAAGGUGCUUAAACCAAGAAUGUUGAAGGCAGAUGGUGGCUAUGGGACAAGGGAAGUACAGGUGUCAGAGCAUAUUGCUGGGCCUAAAAACAGGUCUACCUUAGGGGACAACGUUGAACUAAGGUACACAAUUCUAGCAACGUGAGUAGUGUAGCUGGAGUCGAUGUACUUAUCCUGACUUACGGCAGAAUCUCUACGGUGGGACCUCAACAGGAGAAACUCUCCCAUCGACUUCCCUUACUCCUUGUGACCUGGUGGAAUACCAGAGUUAACGGGGGGCACCUUCAGCGGUUGAUUUAGUGGGCCCUUACUAGACCCACUAAAUCAAACCCUGGGAGAUCGAUCUCUACAGUGUCAAAUACCUAGUAAGUGGAGACAAGCUCUAAAUCAUGAUUCCCACCUGACAUGCAGAAAGAUGGGUUGGAAUGAAGGAGAGGAAGGAAAGGAUAAUGAAAGGAAGGUAAAAGGAGUCUACAUUAAAUGAAGAAAGGAUUGUCUGCCUUCUGAAAGAGAUGUUCUCAUGUAGCAUCCUGAGCAUAAAUGCCUUUAGCCCUUAGCAGAGAGGGACUGGCAGUUGUGGCAUGUGAGAGACUGCAAAAAUGAAACACGAGGAUUGAUGCAAAAGGGGAUUGGCAUUCAGACCAAGCUGGAGAAAGCAAAGGAUGAAGCUGCUGUUGGCCAGGUCUUCCUCCUUGCCAGAAACUACAUGCAAAGAGAGAAAACACAAAGCAAAAUGCCCACCCAGAAGGUGACUCAUUCAUAGCUGGGCACGGUGGGCUGCAUUGUAGCGGGAAGGCUGUAUGAAGCUGCUUCCUGAACCGUGAGUAGGCUGUUGGCAUCUCAGUGGAGUUUUUGAGCAUUGAAGGUGGUAGUAGCUGAGGGUAGAGUUAAUUUGGGUUUCAGAGAAGAUAGGCAAGGAAGAAGAUUUUGGACUCUGUUUUCCAGGGAGGCAGAGAACCACCUGAACCAGAAGUGAUUCCAGUGAAAUACACUUGUCCCAAAUAAAACUAGGAUAGUAGCUGGUGACUCGUUAGCUAAAGAGGUUUAAUUCUCAACUGGUAACACAAUUCUGCUGGGUUGUUAGCAUUCUAUGUGUUCCAUGCAACGUGCCCUUAGGUUCACAUCUUACAGCGUCAGUUUUGGGCAGUUCAUGGCUGGACCUUAAAUCUCUCAUUUUACAGGACCACCCCUGUAAGGGGUAAAAACAAUGAGGAGUCCUGUGGCACCUUAGAGACUAAUAGAUUUAUUAGGACAUAAGCAAACCCCACCUCAUCAGAUGAAUUGGAGUGGAAGUUACAGAGGCAGGGCUAUAUAUAAGAACAGCAAGAGAAAGAUGUUGCUUGCAUUAAUGAGGCUAUUCAGAUCAGGGUGAAUGUGGCUCAUUCACAGCAUUUGAUGGGGAGAUGUGAAUAUCGAAUGAGGGGAAAUUGCCUUAGUAAUGCAUUAACCAGUUGAUUGUAUUGAAUUUGCAAAUGAACUCCAGUUUAGCUGUCUCCCUUUGUAAUCAGGUUCUGAAGUUCUUUUGUAGGAAGGCUACUUUCAAAUCCAUUACUGAAUGUCCAGGGAGGCUAAAGUGUUCCCCUACAGGUUUAUUUUUCUUACCAUUCCUGAUGUCUGAUUUGUGGGAACGGGGCAGAUGUCCUACCAUCCCAUUCCUCUUUCUACCUUUUAAUCCUCCCAACAAAUGUCUGUCCCCUGGUUUGGUCACAGUGCAGGGCCCUCUAGUUCAGUUCAAGCAGAAAGUCAAUCAGUAAUAAUUCUUUACUAUGAGUUGGUACUUGGGGGCAGGGGUUGGUCCUCAGGAUUUCUGCCGGAUUGAGAAGAUAUUCAUUCUGCUAGAGUUGACCAUGGGCAGAUUUUCUGUUUUAAGCUGCUUCUGCUCAAGACAAUCUGUUUCCAUAACAUUCUCAAAGUGGCCUAUAAGAGCUGCAAAAGGGAUGGCUCCAUCUUUUCCAACAUGUCUCUUCCAACGCUGUGCCAAGUUUACUCACCCCCAUUCACCUUCCAAAUUGCAGGCUGCGUGUAAAUGCAACAAGGGGCAGACAGAAUCGUCUUGGCGACGUGCAGUGACUUAACCCACACUUUGCUCUUUCCCCCUCCCUUCUAGGCUAGAGUCUGUCACAGAAAGCACGGUGUGCUGUUUAUACACUGGAAAUUUGCAGAUUUUUUUUUAAAUGCACGUUGACUCUUGAACAGGGAUGUGUGACCCAGAUGAGCUAAAGUUAAGGCCAAAUAUGUACCUGCACCUAAACCUCCAACUGCAUCUUUUAUGAGGUGUGAAAAACUUUGGUUAACCUCUAUACACGCAAUAUCGAUACAGUGUGUGUGAAAGAGAGCAUGCAGUGGGGUUGCAAUCCACCUCUGUGCAAAGAUCCGGCGCAAGUCCUAGUUUGAUGGGUUAAGUGGUGUCUCUUGUGCUGGCCCCCCUGGAUUGGGGUCAAUUUUGCACUGUGGGCAAAUAUUAAAACCAGAUUUAAGUCAAUUAUUUUUCUCUUUUGUUCUGGAAGCUCUCAAAUCUGCUACCUGAUUCAAUUUUUUUUUCUGACUAAUUCAUGAGCUCGUAAUUCAUUGUGAGAAUUUAAUAUCCAACAUGUGACAGGUGCUCAGGCACAUGAUAUGGCCCCUUUUUUUCCAACUGGAAGAACCUAAUUGUGUGUGUGUAAUUCUUACACGCUUAGAAAUGUAGGACUGGUGAGCUCAGUUAGUCCCUCCCCUCUGUGCUGAGGCAGGGUUCUUUGUAUUGUUGAAUACUUGUAAUUGGGAAUUCUAGGUUUGCUUGCUAGGAAUAUUCUGCAACAUUUGUUCAAAACUGGCUUCCUUCCAGUUAAACUGUGCACUUGAAAGAUCAUGAAAAGUGACCUCAAUCAAAGCUAAUUCAUUUUAAAAAAAGGAACAAAUAUUUACAGACUUUUUUUCAUUACAGCGUUUGCACAUCUCUUGCUGUGUACAUAGAGAUGAUUAUAAUAUACCAACGGUGAUACACAGAUAAUCACCUAUGCAUUUGAGUGUAUUAAAAUCACAUACACAAAUGUGCAUAUGUAUGAGUCAGGCUUUUUACAUUCUAUUACCCUUCCAGGUUCUGCCCAAAAAGAGUAUUAUCAUUCUGUGAGAGUCCACUUGUGAGAUAUGUCUGAACAGGACAAGAACCAAAUUGUAUCAUAGUUUUGAGAAAAGAAAGUGGAUUAACAGUCUGCAAAUCCUGUAUGCUAAGGAUGUUAGAAAGAGGAUGGUGGUCAAUUGUUCUCCAUGUUCCCAGGAGAAAGGACAAGUAAUAAUGGGUGUAAUCUGCAGCAAGGAAGAUUUAGGUUAGAUAUUAAGAAAUCUUUCUAAUUGUAAGGGUAAUUAAGCUUCCAGGAGAGAUUAUGGAAUCUACAUCAUUGGAAAUCUUCAGGGAUGAUUUAGGUUUAUUUAGCCCUGCCUCAGCACAGUUUGCUGGCCUAGAUGACUUCUUGAGGACCCUGACAGCCGAUUCAUCACUAGCCUGAAAUGAAUCUCUCAGGAGAUUUCCAGCCCAAUGUUAGGACAAAAAAAAAAAGUUAUAAGUGUCUAAAUUUUAGGAUAUAUCCAAAACCUUGCACUUUUUGAGCAUUGCUGUUUGGGAGGUGACCUCGAUGGGGUUCUUAGAGCUUGUUGAGUUUCUUUUCAUUUUAAACACUGCAAAUGUGCUUUCCUUGGCAUGCGUCUCUCUGAUGGGGUCUAUUGAACAUCAGUUGAGCUGUUGUCUACAUUCCAAAGAGUUUUGAAUAUGUGAUAAAUAUAUGUAUACAUAUGUGUUAUAAUGGAAUAUCUCCAGGAAUUAACUGCCUCAGUAAAAGAACUUGUCUUUUUUUUGUUUUGUUUUUACACAUGGGAUUUUUUUAAGCUGAUAAACAUAGAAGAGAAAAAAGAGAUUGUUAUAUUGUGCUGUUCAACUAUUUUCCAACUUGUAUUUUCAUAUAAUUUAUAUUUUUAAAAGUGAAAAAAAUUUUAAAAGCAAGAUUAAAAAAAAGAGGAAAAAGCAGGUGCUUUUUAAAAAAAAAAAAACGAACUGAGGUAGCUUAGAGAUGUAGCGAUGUGUGUGUGUCUGUGUGUGGGUUUUUUUUUUU